CGUUUAUUGUACACUGAAAACGGCUACCGACACCAGACGAAGUGAGUAACAGUUAGGGGGGGAAGGCAGUGACGGCGGUGCGUCAUCCGGUUGAAGAGAGCCGGAAGUGCAGACGUCUGUCAAUAUUACCUGGUUGCCUAAAGGCCUGAAAAAUACGCGCCUUUCAGACCUGUGAAGAUGUCCUCUUUCUCCUCCACCCCCACCAUCCCGCUGAAUACGGAGACUCAGAUGCCUCUUCUGGGGUUGGGGACAUACAAGCUGCAGGGUGCCGAGGAGGUCCAUCGGGCCGUGGACGCGGCCUUGGCCACAGGUUAUAGGGCGUUUGACACGGCCGCUGUAUACCGGAACGAAGCCGACCUGGGCCGAGCCUUGAGGGAACUCCUGCCUAGAUACGGACUUACCAGGCAGGAUGUGUUCAUAACUAGUAAGCUGGGUCCUAAAGACCAGGGUGUGAAGGCCAUGGAGGGAGCUCUCCACAGUCUCUCCCUGUUAGACCUGGAUUACAUCGACCUCUAUCUGAUCCACUGGCCUGGCACACAGGGGCUGUCGGUGACUGAUCAGCGCAAUCCAGGGAACAGAGCCCAGAGCUGGGCUGCACUGGAGGAGCUGUACGCCCAGGGGAAACUGAGAGCCAUAGGAGUGUCCAACUACACCCCUGCCCAUAUGAAAGAACUGAUGCAAAGCUGUAAGGUCGCUCCUGCAGUUCUACAGGUAGAGUUCCAUCCACGUCUGUGCCAGGUGGAGUUGAGGAACGUGUGUAAGGAGUACGGUGUUUGUUUUCAGGCUUACUCCUCCCUAGGGAAAGGAGAGCUGGUCACAGACCCCGUAGUUAUCGAGGUGGCACAGGGCUGUGGUCGCACACCUGCACAGGUUCUGUUGCGGUGGGCAGUACAGCAGGGCGUCCCCGUGCUUCCCAAGUCCUCCCACCCAGAAAGAGUGGCGGAGAAUGCCGAGCUCUUUAACUUCACACUGAGUGACAAAGACAUGCACAGGCUGUCUGCUUUGGACCGCGGGCACAAAUACUGCUGGGACUCCUCAGAGGUGGCGUGACCCGAAAACCUUCUCCGACGCCCUGGCAGAAUUGCAGUACGCUGCAGUGUGUGUGAGAGAGUGUGUGUGAGAGAGUGUGUGUGAGUGUGAAAGAGAGACACCACCAGAACCAGCGGUACACUGGGUGGGUAACCACAACUUACCCAAACAACAGAGAUAACGUUUUGAGCGUUGAGGUUGUUGAGCAAUGUUUCUGGCAAAACUGCUGCAUUUAUGGUGCCUCUAAAGCUGCAAUACAAAGGAAACAUAUUGGAACAAUGUAGAUGUUGCCUUAUUAUAUGUUACCUCAACCUUUUUUUUAAUUUUAUUUCCCACCUUAUUUCACUUUGUUAUCCACAUCAAUGUGGCCCAACAUGCCGAGCUUCCACCAAGCUCAACCAAAUAUUGCUCAUCGUUAAUAUUCACAAUGUUCCUUUGUGGCAUUAUAAGAAAAUGGAAGGUUUUUGUGAUUUAAAAAAAAAAACCCAAGAUAAAUCAUGUAAGAGCCUUUUCCACCUUUAAGAUGAAAUUGCAAAUUAUAAAAAUAAAGUGGAGAAACAAUCAAACAUUUUAGGGAAAAAGAAAAAUACAACACUUACAAUAACCUGGUUGCAUAAGUGUGCACAUCCCUAAACUAAUACUUUGUUGAAGCACCACGAUGGUCUUUUCCCCCAAAAGGUUUGUUUGUUUUUCACUUGAAUUUUAUAGGCUGCAAUUUCCCAUUAAAGGUGGAAAAGGUUCUGACGGCGGUGUGCAGACUUUUUAUAUCCACUGUAUAAGGUAAAAUGUGUCACGUUUCAAGCUUAACUGUGUAAUUUCCUUGAACGAUUCAGAAGAAGUUUG